ACAGCAGGGCGGGGCGGGGCGCAUGCGCAGUGCAAUUCACAGCGCAAAUCUCCCCUUAUCGGCGAUAGCCAGAAGUGUCUCAGCGCAACGUCGGGGAAAAAGCUGUCAUUUAAAACGGAGACGGCGGGUGUCGUCCAAUCGCAGGGCGUCGACUUGAGCAUCAUUCUAACGGUUUGUGGUGAACAAUACACAGUCCGCAAUCACCAUCGAAAUGUCCGGAUACCAGGGCAAAAAGAACAUCCCUCGCAUUACUAGUGAUCGUCUCCUUAUCAAAGGGGCGAAGAUUGUGAACGAUGAUCAGUCCUUCCAUUCUGACAUCUAUAUGGAGGAUGGCGUUAUUAAGCAAAUUGGGGAAAACCUCAUUGUUCCAGGUGGGGUAAAGACCAUUGAUGCCCAUGGUAGGAUGCUGAUCCCUGGUGGAAUUGAUGUGCACACCCGCUUCCAGAUGCCUAGUCGGGGCAUGACAGCUGCAGAUGACUUCUACCAGGGCUCUCGGGCUGCUCUUGCUGGGGGCACCACUAUGAUCAUUGACCAUGUGGUACCAGAGCCAGGUGUUAGCCUUAUAGCUGCUUUUAAUCAGUGGAGGGAAUGGGCAGACAGCAAGUCCUGCUGUGAUUACUCACUCCAUGUGGACCUCACUGAGUGGCACAAGGGCAUGCAGGAGGAAAUGGAGACCCUGGUGAAGGACCAUGGUGUCAACUCUUUCCUGGUCUAUUUGGCCUAUAAGGAUGUUUUUCAGCUUAAUGAUUCCCAGAUGUAUGAGGUUUUCAGUGUGAUCAGAGACCUGGGAGCCAUCGCUCAAGUGCAUGCUGAGAAUGGGGAUAUCAUUGCUGAGGAGCAGAAAAGAAUACUGGAGUUAGGCAUCACUGGCCCAGAGGGUCAUGUUCUCAGUCGUCCAGAAGAGGUGGAAGCUGAGGCAGUCAAUCGUGCAGUAACGGUGGCCAAUCAGACCAAUUGUCCCCUGUACAUCACCAAGGUGAUGAGCAAGAGUGCUGCUGAUGUAAUUGCUCAGGCCAGGAAAAAAGGUACUGUAGUGUAUGGGGAGCCUAUCUCUGCUAGUCUUGGCACGGAUGGCACUCACUACUGGAGCAAGAACUGGGCUAAGGCUGCUGCUUAUGUGACAUCUCCACCCUUGAGCCCGGACCCCACCACCCCUGACUAUCUUAACUCUCUACUUUCCUGUGGUGAUCUGCAGGUAACUGGCAGUGCUCACUGUACCUUUAACACCUCUCAGCGUGCUGUGGGCAAAGACAACUUCACCCUUAUCCCAGAGGGCACCAAUGGCACUGAGGAGAGAAUGUCUAUCAUCUGGGACAAGUGUGUGGUGACUGGUAAGAUGGAUGAGAAUCAGUUUGUGGCUGUGACCAGCACCAAUGCAGCCAAGAUUUUUAACCUGUACCCACGUAAGGGACGCAUCGCUGUGGGCUCUGAUGCUGACUUGGUGCUAUGGGACCCCGAUGUCACUAAGAUCAUCUCUGCCAAGAGCCACAACCUGGCAGUUGAAUAUAAUGUCUUCGAGGGUGUGGAGGUGCGUGGUGCUCCCUUAGUGGUGAUCAGCCAGGGUAAGAUUGUUCUGGAAGAUGGAAACCUCCACACUACUGAGGGAUCAGGACGUUAUAUAACCCGCAAAACCUUCCCCGACUAUGUUUACAAGAGGAUAAAGGCUCGCAGCAGGCUUGCCGAGCUGCGAGGCGUCCCGCGUGGACUUUAUGAUGGUCCAGUGUGUGAGGUCACGGUGACACCUAAAAUAAUGACCCCUGUGACUUCUAACAAGACCUCACCAACCAAGCCCACCCCUCAACCCAUUCGCAAUCUGCAUCAGUCUGGAUUCAGUCUGUCCGGAGCUCAAAUUGAUGACAACGUUCCUCGCCGUACCACUCAGCGUAUCGUAGCUCCCCCUGGUGGCAGGGCAAACAUCACCAGCCUGGGUUAAAGAGCACACUUCCCCAGUUCUGAAAGAAAGGGGUGGCAGGGAACUAAGGUCCCUUUCUCUGGUUAUUACUCCUACCAAUGAGAUCCAUACCAGGCCCCUACAGUACAAUGUCAGUAUGACAACAUCCUCAAAUUUAUCAUCAGUAUUUUACUAAAAAAACAAAAAACACGGUCAAGGAAUUAUUGUGUAUUUUCCAACAUUAUAUUUAAACUUCUAUUUGUUUUUUCCUUGUAGGAAGAGUAAUGUGAAUCUAAAGUAUACUUGUAUUAUUUUAUUGUUACACAUAAGUCAUGUAGAUGAGAACAAUUCUUUAAAAUUCUUUAGUCAUUUUUGUUGAUUUAGCACAUAUUGCUAACACAUUGGUCUAGCCUUUUGAAUAUUUUCUCAUUUUUAAGGAACAUGGGUAAUUAGGUGUGUUCUGGUGUCAUAUUGUUUAAUUUUCAUAUUUGUGGGUUUUAUUUCUGCUAGCAUUCUUCAGUUUGUUUUUAUGCACUUUCAUGGCAUUAUUUAAAAACAGUAAUGUAAUUCAUGCCUUUUGGUCUUCAAGGUCAUUUAUUCAUUUAUUCAGUUAUUCAGAUUUAGGGCUAGACCAUUUUUGUCCUCUGAAUAGUGGGUGUUUCACUAGACACAUACAAAAAAGAACAGUGCUUGGCUGAAUACAAGAAAACAAUCCCUUUGUAUCACUUUUCUCUCUUUUAAAUUCCCCCAUCUCUACCUGUCCAUGAGUAAGGUAUCCUGGCAACACUCUUUUAACCCUUCAAAUAACGGUUUAUUGGUUAUGACAGGCAUGUUAUAGUGCUAUUUAAUUGGCACUGCUAUUGUAGAAUGAGCCAGGCUGCUUGUCCAGCAAUGGCAGAGUUUGUAACACUUACCCACGAGUAGUCACCAAGCUCCCCCUUUCCUUUACAGCUCUUUAUCCUUCUGAUCUUCACUGUAUGGUCAUUUUGUGGUUUCUUAGUGACCAUAGUGAUUGCAUAUCAUCUGGCAUGUGUAGAAUUGAUCCUGUGGAGAUAUGGUGUUGAUUCAGUUUUUACCCGUUAAAAUUACUUUUAAUUCCUGUUUUUGUUAGUGUCAUACUCACCUGCCUGCUUGUUUAUUAGAUGGUUCUUGACUGUCUGUGAUUAUUGUUAUAAAGACCUAAGAAUUUCUGAUGAAAAAAAUGUGUACAGAGUUUGUCCCUCUGCUUCAUUCCAUCCAUUGUAUGAAAUGUUACUGGUUAAAGGCCAACUAAUCCAAAAAUGUGAUACUGAGCAGAUUCCUUCCUCUGUGGUAGCAUUAAAAGUCUAAACAGACCUCUGUCAAUACUUACUAUACUUAAAAUAUGUCUGUAUAGCAUUACUCCUCACUUGCUGAUGUUUACAGUCCUCUUCUAGUGAUGGGAAUGUAAAACUGUGGUGGAAGAUGAACAAGUGGUGCCAGUACCAGUACCAUACAAGUACAAUAUUUUAUGCUUUAAAGCAUCUAAAUUUCCAAUAGUUGUGAUGUGUGGAUUGCAGAGGAGAAAGACUAUUUAGUGUCUUUGUUAUUUUAAUUUUUAUGACUUGUUACCCUUUGUCAUGCAUUGUUGAAGGUAAAAAAUGUUGACAGUGUAUGUUUUAUAGGCAACUGGGAUCUGCAAAAGUUUUCUUUCUCAUUUAGAAAGCUUUGCCUUCCA